AUGGUUUUCAGAUUGAAAUUCACAAAGGAAGAGUUUAGAGAAAAUAGUACAUGUUGUAUAUCCAAUUCUGAAGGGAAAAUGUUAUUCAUAAAUCACAUCAUACUAGUAUUCUCAUUUAUUAUGGGACUGUUAGGACAAGCCGUGUCACUUGAAUGUUACAGCUGCUCUCAUGUGGUCAACUCAACAGACUGUAGAUCUACAGUAACAUGUUCAAAUGACCAGGUUUGUUAUAAAAAGCGAGAAUUCACAAGCCAAAUCUACUUUGAUUUCGGAUGUGUGGAUAAACAGAGUUGUGGUAGAUACGCCAAGAUACCAAAUAGAACGAUAGCCAUGAAAAUGGACGGAGGUCAAACGCAAUAUUGUUACGAGUGCUGCUCGUCGGACAACUGUAACAAAAACUUAUGCAAACAUUCCAGCGCGGCAUCUUGUGCUGAUGAUGAAACAGUUGAUUGUGCUCGAUGGAACUCUCUUUUCAGUAUAUGCGAGGAUAUCAACAAAGCAAAGCUUAUUUGUCCAAAAUAUUGUAACCUUUGCCAUGUAGUUGAUGGAAACUGGUCUCCCUGGUCAUCAUGGUCAGAGUGUGAUGUGUCUUGUGAAAAUGGAACAGAGUCUCGUGUUCGAUCUUGUACUAAUCCCCCACCCAAAUACGGUGGCCUUGAUUGCCCAGGAGAAGGAAUUGAUUCGAAAACAUGCCAACGGCAGUUAUGUCCUGUACAUGGCGGCUGGAGUGACUGGGGACCCUGGGGUACUUGUCCAGAAACUUGCGGUAUAGGAAUGAUGAGUCGGACUAGAUCGUGUACCAACCCUGUCCCAGACCGUUUCGGGGACCACUGCUUCGGAAACAGUCUUGAGAACGCUUUGUGUCACUCAGGCCCUUGUGCAAUUGUAAACGGUGGCUGGAGUGGUUGGGCACAAUGGGAUAAAUGCUCAGUAACCUGUGGUGUAGGAAUGCAGAGUCGAGCAAGAUCGUGUAAUAACCCUAAACCAAAGGGUUACGGCAAGACAUGUUCUGGACGGGAUUUAGAUGUCAAAUUGUGUUAUCCAGGUCUUUGUGCAACUACGGAUUGUUAUGAUGUACUUAAGAAGCAGAAUGCAGCAAAGAGUGGAGUUUACAAUGUAACUUUGUGGCGGUCUAAACAAGAGACACAAGUAUACUGUGACAUGGAAACUGACAAUGGCGGCUGGACUGUUUUUCAAUACCGUUUCAAUGGUUUAGUGGACUUCUACAGAAAUUUUACUGAAUAUGAGAGAGGGUUUGGUGAUUUGGGGACAGAAUUUUGGUUAGGUCUAAUUAUUGUCGAGGAAAUGGCAGCUCAAGGUAAAACUGAGUUAAGGUUGGACCUUACGGCAGCUGGCGGCAUAACUGUUUUCGAAAACUUCCAGAACUUUGUCCUUGGAUCGAGUCCCAACUAUACUUUAAACAUUGACCCUGGAACUGGGACAGCAGGUGAUGGAAAAAGUGGUUUAUCAUAUCACAACGGCAAUGCCUUUAGCACUUACGAUAUUGACCGUGAUCGGAAUUCUAGAAUGAACUGCGCAGUCUAUGCUCAUGGUGCUUGGUGGUACAAUAACUGUCUUUAUGUUAAUCUGAAUGGGAUGUAUGUAACACCUGGAUCACGAAGAACACAGAGUAUGAUCUACCACCAGUUUAACGAAUUUUACUCACUAAAAGCCUCUAAAAUGAUGUUUCGGCGGGUGUAACGUCCUUAUUUUACUUUUUCAUUGGAUGUAGUUAAAGAUAUAGUAAGCAGUUGUGCUAAUUAAAGAAGUCUUGUAGGAUUUGUAUGUUGUGUUUUUAUGUUAUGAUAUUAUCAUGAACAUAUCAUAGCAUAGUGUCAAACAAGUGUACACUAUUACACAGUCAAGUAGAGCCGAAUUUACUUAUUCUUCGGAUAGCAGAUGCACUUUUUCCAUAAGAUGGUAGGAUUUAAUGUCAUGUAGAACAUGUGUUACAUUUCAUUCAUUAAGUGUUAUUGAAAAAUAUUUGUAUAAUGGAAUUAUGCCACUGUUAUUUAAAUACAUGCAAAAUAUUUACAUAAUGGAACUAUGCCACUGUUAUUUAAAUACAACAGAUAACAACCACCUAAACAUAUUUAAGAGCUUAUUCAAUAAAAGAUAUAUUCGGCUUUGGGUCCAGAAAUGCACCUAGCGCUUUUGCUUAUUAUAAAAUAUCAACGUAAGAAAGGUAGUGUAACCAAUGCUUAAAAUGUAAUAUAAUAACCAAAUUAUGGCAAAAUGGACAUUUCUUUUACUGGUAACAGAUGGGAAAUGAUCGCACUACUAAUAUUAUUUGAAAAAUGCUCUUUUUGUGUUUAACACAUCAACUGACAUUUGUUUGUAUAAAUGUGAUCAUUAUACUAUUUAUAAUUUCUGGUUGAUUUUCGAUGUUUGACUUAAUCGUUCCUAUUGUUCCUAUGUCGUUUUUGUAGUGCUAUAGCAACUAACGAUAUUAUUUAUGUUUCAUUAUUUAUUACACUUAAAAUGAUGUUAGUUAAAGACAAUAAGCAUGUGUUUGUUUUUGUACAGUUAAUAGUGAUGAUAGUUACAGACAAUCAGACAAUCAGAAUAUGUUUGUUUUUGUACCGAUAUUUGAAAAAUCAAUGUAACAAACAUUUAGUUCAACCGAACUUUGAAACGGAUUAUUGUACAGUGAACAUUGUAUAUCAUUACAUGACUCCUUAUAUUAAUCGUCGUUCCAUAGUUUGUGCAAUUUGUCUACAGUAAAAACGCUAAAUUUUGCUGGGCUAAAUUCAUAAUUUAAGGGAAAAUAUGAUACACACAUACAAAUGUCAUUGAAUUUAAUUGUCAAUGAGUAUACAAAUAUUUUCAUCUGAGUUAGUGAAUACCUCUGCAGGAGUCAGUAUAAAAACGUAGUGGUUAUAUUAACAUGCAAUUACGUUACCAAGUCAACUGAACAGAUACUGGGAGAUUUACAGUUUCUUGAAACAUUAUCUAUUGUUAUGUUUUAAAUAUUAAGAUUUUUAACUGUUCUAAUUGUUUUAAUAUUCUCGUCUCAUGUGCAA